CACACACACACACACACACACACUGAGGAGGAGGAAAACACAAGGACCACCGUGCCAUUGUGGACUAGCUGCUACCCCCGGCCCCUGAUCCUGAUCCUGAUCCUGCUCCUCCAGGUCCUGCAGAGUGUGCGGGUCUGGGGGGUUCUGGGUGAUCCGGAUCGUGUCCUCAGGUGGAUCUGUGAGCAGGUGCGGCUGCGCAGAUCUGCUCCUUGUCUCAAAGGGUUCCACACACACACACACACACACACACACACACACACACACACACACACACACACACACACACACACUUAGAGAAGCAGUGCCGUUGUUGUGUUUUGUCACUUCCGGGCCAGCCGUCGGUGAAUUCGCAGAUCUCAUCGCCGGUGGAGAAGUUGAUCAGCAUCGAUGCUUCGUGCGGGAAGGAUGGAGGAGUUUGUGACGGAGGAAGAGGAGCCGUGGUACGACCAGAGGGACCUGGAGCAAGACUUACAUUUGGCAGCCGAGCUUGGAAAGACACUGCUGGAACGGAACAAGGAGCUGGAGGACUCCCUUCAACAGAUGUACAUCAACAAUGAGGAGCAAGUGCAGGAGAUAGAGUACUUGUCCAAGCAGCUGGAAAUGUUGAGGGAGAUGAAUGAGCAGCAUGCGAAGGUCUACGAACAGCUGGAUGUGACCGCCAGAGAGUUGGAGAUCACUAACGAGAAGCUGGUGCUGGAGAGCAAGGCCUCGCAGCAGAAAAUAGACAGAUUGACGGGCACCAUGGAGACCUUACAGGGUCAGGUGGACAGUCUGACAACCCGGGUGGAGGAGCUGCGAACCCUGGAGGAGCUGAGGGUCCACAGGGAGAGGAAGGAACGCCGCAAGACCGUCCACUCCUUCCCCUGCCUUAAGGAGCUCUGCACAGCCCCCAGGUAUGAGGAUGGAUUCCUGCUGGCCAACCCGGGCAGUGUGGAUCUGGCUGAGAAGCGGCCGUUGGAUGAGGAGAACGAUCGUCUCAGAGACGUAGUGUCAUCCCUGCGCUCGGCCAUGACUGCAGAGCGCUCCAAGCGGGAGGGCGCUGAGCGGGAGUGCGCCGCCGUGCUGCAGGAGUUUGAGCGUCUGGAGCAGCGCCUCCUGGGAGCAGAGGGCUGCCAGCUGCGUGUCCAGGAGCUGGAGGCUGAGCUCCAGGAGAUGCAGCAGCUCAGGAAGUCCAGGAUGUGCCUGAUUGGAGGCAUGGAGGACGGUCUGGAGACACUGCUCAACAACGGCCCUGAGACAGACACCCCUGAGGACGGAGCAGGGCUGGAGGAAGGAAGUGAAGGUGCUGCUGGAGAGCCGGGGGCCCCGGGGCAGCAGGGGGGCCCGGUGAGGAAAAGCUGCAGCGACACAGCUUUGAAUGCCAUCUCAGCCCGUGACGCCUCAGGUAGACGGCAGGGAAGCUACGCCAUGCACGCCAAUGGUGUCCGCAAACGUGGCAUGUCCAUCCUGAGGGAGGUGGACGAGCAGUAUCACGCCUUGCUGGAGAAGUACGAGGAGCUGCUGGGGAAGUGUCGCCGCCAUGAGGAGAGCCUGUGCCAUGCCGGGGUGCAGACCUCACGGCCCGUGUCCAGGGACCCCUCUAUGAAGGAGUACAACAUGGCUGCAGCGGGGCCGUCCAUGGCAGCCGCUGUCGCUGCCCCUCUCACACCUCCUCAGACUCCCUCCACCCCUGAGGCUCUGGAGGGGAUCAGCCGGCAGGUGGAGCAGGUGGACAAACGGCUGAGCCAGAACACACCUGAGUACAAAGCCCUCUUCAAAGAGAUCUUCUCCCGGCUGCAGAAGACCAAGAGUGACAUGAACGCCAGCAAGAGCGAGAGGAGGGAAAAGAGGAAGACUAACAAAUGAGCUGGAGCUUAUUCCCCUGAUAGCACAUGCACUGGAAACAGGAUGAAAUUAUUGUAACUGACCUCACUAUUUUGGCUUCUUGAUUAACAUUUGUAUGACUUACAGGGUGGUCACAGUCGGGUGAUUAAUGAUCCAAACUGUUGGUUGUGGAUGCCUUCGUUUGCCCUCGUGGAAGAACGCUUCACUGAUUCAUGUGAAUCUGCCAAAUGUUUUACUGCAGGUGAGAUUGUCUGAGGGUACUGACACUGUGCGACAAUGCAAAGCCUUUUUACAUGAUUCAAAGGCUUUGUUUCUGUCUUUGGACAAUCUAAUGUGUGGUGUAGUAUUUAUGAUUGGUGCAGAAAUAGCCAUUUAUUUAUUUAACUAGCGAUGAUUAACUUAAGUAAUACAAAAACAGCUAAUGGCAUUGAAAUACUUUUACUAUUGAAUCAUGCAAGUGCAAAUGAAAUGGUUUUGCUGUGUGUGGUGUAUCUUUUGGAAGGUGAAAAUCCUCCGGGACAGCUGCCAAAGUGUGCUGUGCAGAAGUGUUUGUUGACUUAGAUGAAGAUUAGAUUAGUUCCAUGGUUUAUUAAGUCUUAUCUGAUAACAGAAGAUGCCUCUGUAGUGUUGUUUACAGCAUGAAUCCAAGUCUCCAGAGGCUCAAUUAUCUUCAUCUGUUACAGAAAUGUGUGUAAUGAUGUCAUAUUACAUCUUCCUCAGUUCUUCACUGUUACCUACAAUGUUGUUCUUGUAGGUCAUUUAAAAUGCUUUGUGUAAAUUAAAUUAAAUGUACUGACCAUGUUCUUUUGAGUUUAUGGAUCAAAUUGGAUCCAUUCUGGAGCUCAGGGAGGCAACAAUGUAAACAUGUAAAUGGGCUGUUUAGGUAUAGGGGGAAAGGAAGUCUCUGUUAAAGAACAAGCAAACACGAGUUUGAAUAAAAUCAUGUGACACACGCAGACCCGGUCUGAACACUUUAAUGUGAACACAGGAGAUCAGUAAACUGUAGGUAAUACAAGUAGCACACAUUGAGUCACAUCCAAAGAACCAUCAGUCUGUGACACAUGACAAUGAAACCGUUCACUUAUUCUGGAGUGUAUAAAACAACACUUGUCUGUUGGAAACUGGUCAAUGUAAAACAGGACUGAUGUUUCUGUACUGGUUCAGGGGUCACUUACACACUGCAUUACAAUCGACUGACGCUAAGCACAGUCAGAAGGAGCAGCAUGAGGCUGUAAGGGACCAGAGGCACAGUCAGUAUUGGUAAUCUGGAACUUGAUUAAUACAAAGUGAGCAAUUUAACAGUUCUAGUUCAGUUCGAGUUAGAUUCCAGCAAGAGCCACUCGCUACUGGGGAACUUAGGUAAGACCUGUGUCAUUCGUCGCCACUAAUCUUUAGCAUUGUUAUGGAUAAUUUAACUGAAAAUCUAACUAAUUUAAGAUAACUACUAGUGCUGAAAUUAAGUUGUCUGCACAUAGAGCUAAUGUGAUUAACGCCUACAAUACAUAUAAUGGCUUUUACGAAUCAACGAACCUGAAAUAAAGAUGUUUCAGACCUGA